CUCCCCCAUCUCCAACAGUCUUCAAAAAUCCUCUCGAGAUCCAUUUCUCCACCCCGCUCAUCCGUCUCCCUCCCCCUCCAGGACAGGAAUGAGCUCGAAUGAAACAUGACUAUCACAGGAGGGACGAGCCAGGCGUGCGCUGUCUGCAAGUUCCAGAGGAGGAAGUGCCACAAGGAGUGCCCUCUCGCCCCCUACUUCCCGGCUGACCAGCCGAAGAUGUUCCAGAACGCGCACCGCCUCUUCGGCGUGAGCAACAUCACCAAGAUCCUCAAACAGGCCCCGCCGGAUCUCAAGCAGGAGGCCAUGCAGUCGGUCAUCUUUGAGUCCAACAUGCGCGCGCAGUACCCCGUCCACGGUUGCUGCUGGUACAUCCGCCGCCUACUCUGUCAGAUGCACCAGAUGACCGAGCAGCUCCAGCAACUCCACGCGCAGGUAGCCAUGAUCCGGGACCAAAUCUCGGCCUCCGCCUCGCCUUCUCACUAUCCUCCCCCUCCUCCGGCCGAACUGCAGUUAGGGAACGUGGGGGCGGACGCAAUCCCGACCCAACAAUCUUUCCCUGACAUUUUCGGAGAAAACACAAAACAAUCAAUAAUAUCUCAACAACCUUAUAAUCACGAGCCCCAGAACGCUAAUCACUUCACGGCAGUUCAGCCGAAUCCGGCUACUUUGCCGGAACUUCUAAUGAAUUACGGGUGCGGAAGUGUUCAGUUACGAGGACGUGCCGUUCGACACGAUCACCAUCGAUAAGGAAGAGUCGAGCACGGAAUCGUCCUUCUCGUUCAAAAACAUGGCGCAUUCCAUCGAACAAGCCUCGCGGAAUGAUCUGAAGAAUGCAGCCGCAGGACUCAGCCUGAAAAGUGUCAGAUAAGCUCAUCACUGGCUGAAAUUUCAUGAAUUUUUCCGUUCUUUCCACUUCUGUCUUAUUUGGAAAUUUUUUUUCCCUUCCAAUUUUGCUUUGAUGAGUCAAGAAAAGUUUUUGCUUUCGGCACAUUAAAAAUAAGAAAUGUCCAAAGUCGAAAAAUAAGGAGCAUCGUUGUUUCA